AUGGAUAUGCAAGUUUUAUAUAAUGUAUGUUAUGGGGUAACAGGAGUUAUUGAACCAAGAGAGGGUGGUAACAGUAAAGAUUAUAAAAGGGAUACUUCUAAUUGGAAGGAAAAGAAGCAGUUGACCAUGGAAAGAAAAGCGAAGAAAAAGCGGAAUGACAGAAUUAGACGAGCAGAAAAGAAUAGAAACCUUGGUGUCAAAAGGCUAACACUUCAACCAGUGAUAAAAGAGAAGAAAGUUACAUAUUGUCGCCAUUAUUUGAAUGGAAGAUGCCACGAGGGUAAGAAGUGUAAAUUCUCUCAUGAUACCACCCCUGGAAAAAAUCUAAGGUGUCCCUGCAGUCAUUUUGCUCGCCAUGCUUGUAUGAAAGGUGACGACUGUCCAUUUGAUCAACUAUCCAAAUAUCCUUGCAAUAAUAUUCUGUCUAAAGGAUUUUGCACAGGUCCAGAUUGUAUGUUUUCUCAUGAGGUCCAACCAGGUGAAGGUUCUUUAAUUGCUCCAAAUGAGUCAAAGCCUGAACCAACGCCUUCUUCAAACUUAGGUGCUAAAAAGAUAGAAACAAAAAGUUGUUCAGUACCCAAAUCUGUUACAUGUAACACUGAACGCAAUCCUGUUAAAAUUACACCCAAAGUAUAUGCACAACCACCAAAAGGUAUAAGCUUUCUUUCUCAAGAAAAGUUACCAGUAGAUGCCUCUAAGGUAGAUGCCGGGGUUAGACAAAUAGCCAAAACUCCCCCUUCAGUUCAAGAUCCCAAAGAAAUUAACAAAACACUCCAGGCAGUUCCGCGUGGAAUAAACUUUCUGUCGUUUGAUAAAAAACCUGGCUUGGACCAUUCAAAUGGUAAAUUUCCUUUCAAGAUUAGCAGCGGAAUUGGAAAGUCUCAGUUAAGUAACUUGGAAGGCAGUGAGGUUUUGAAGUCUGAUUCAAUAGUAAAUGUGGUCAACGGGGUCAAUGUUGAUCUAUCUACAGAUAGAUUAAACUUUGAUCUUCUAAAAGAUAGACCAAGUUGUUCUCAAAAACCUAUGCCUAUGUUGCCAUUCAUGUCAAGUAUAUCACAGCGAGCGCUUCAGUCGACAUUAGCUUUUGCAUCUAAUUUUGAGUCCAGUUCAAAGUUAAUUGAUUGA